GACUCCGCCGGAGGAAGUUGCGUCUUGACGUACACGUGGAACGCAUGUGAGAGUUUGUGCGUUCCAGGCUGCCAGGUGGUCGGCAUGGGGAAGCUGAAUGUGGUUUUGCUUCGGUAUCUGUCCAGAGAUGACUUCAGAGUGCUCACCGCGGUGGAAAUGGGUAUGAAGAACCAUGAGAUAGUGCCUGCAAGUUUAAUAGCCUCUAUAGCCAGCCUCAAGCAUGGUGGUUGCAACAAAGUUCUGCGGGAGCUGGUAAAACACAAACUCGUUGCAUAUGAUCGUACAAAGACUGUUCAGGGUUACCGGCUAAUUUAUGGCGGCUAUGAUUAUCUGGCGCUCAAAACUCUCUCUUCCCGGGAUGUUGUUACUUCAGUUGGAAACCAAAUGGGUGUCGGAAAAGAAUCAGAUAUCUACAUUGUUGCAAACGAAGAAGAGCAGCAGUUUGCAUUAAAACUUCAUCGUCUUGGAAGAACUUCCUUUCGCAACCUUAAAAAUAAGCGGGAUUAUCACAAGCAUCGUAACAAGAUGUCAUGGCUCUAUCUGUCACGUCUGGCUGCCAUGAAGGAGUUUGCGUAUAUGAAGGCUUUAUACGACAGAGGGUUCCCAGUUCCGAAACCAUAUGACUACAACAGGCAUGCAGUUGUUAUGGAGCUUAUAAACGGCUAUCCCUUGUGCCAGAUUCGUCACUUGGAAGACCCGGAGUCAUUGUACAGCGAGUUAAUGGAACUCAUUGUCAAACUUGCUAAUCAUGGCUUGAUCCACGGAGACUUCAAUGAGUUUAAUAUCAUGUUGGAUGAUGAGGACCAUGUCACCUUGAUUGAUUUCCCACAAAUGGUGUCUACAUCUCAUCAAAAUGGUGAAUGGUAUUUUGACAGAGAUGUGAAAUGUAUUCGAGAUUUCUUCCUAAAGCGCUUCAAUUAUGAAAGUGAACUUUUCCCAACUUUCCGGGAUAUCCAGAAAGAAUGCUCUCUUGAUGUGGAGAUUUCAGCUAGUGGCUAUACAAAAGAAAUGCAGGAGGAUGAUGAUCUCUUACAGCCAGAGGGCCCAGAUUGUGAGACGCAAGAUGCAGACAGUACUGGUCCACCAACUGAAGAUUUUCAUUUAGAACCUAAUCUCGAUAACAAUAAUGACAAGAGCUUAUCUGAAGCUAUGCAUGGCACGUCCCUGAGUGAUUCCGCUCCUGCUUCUGAACCAGAAUACAGAAAUGACAAAAGUAUAGACUUGUCAGACUUUCAUAGUGCUUUGGCAGAACUAGAAGGUCAGACUGGGGAUGACAAACACAAGUCUAUUACAGAAAACCCUGUAACUGCUGAUGAUGAUGAAAACAGACUUAAAAAGGGAAUUUCGGAUGAUGAUGAUGUUGAAAGUCAAGACGGUGAUGAGGAAGAUGAACAUGGAGAUGAAUGUCCGGAUCUUGUAGUUCUUUCUGGGGCAAAUAAAGAAUACAGACCCUUCAGAGAUGAAGACAGUUUGCAGCACAUCAAUGCACACAGAACCAGGACUACAAGUUUAACAUCAGUGGGUACGACCGGAAGCUGUUCUACUAUCCCACCAGAGCUUGUGAAGCAGAAGGUGAAGAAACAGUUAACAAAGCAGCAGAAAGCAUCUAUCAGAAGAAGACUACAGAAAGGAGAAGCCAAUGUGUGCACUAAACAGCGCAGAGAGAACAUGUUCAAUAUUAAAAGCAGUGUAGAUUCUGACAGCUUUUGGGGAUAGCUAUGGUUUUAAUUUUUUAUGCUUAUUGGCUGUAAAAUAAACCUCAAAAUCAAAUAUUUGUGUAAUUCUUCUCUUCGGUUUUCCUAGCAAAAGCCAGGCUGCAUUCAGGUUCACAAAUGUUGCAUGCCCAAAUUCAGAUAUAUUUAAAUGGAUUUACUAAUUGAGAGAAGUAUGUUUACCUGUCCAGUACAGCUACGCUAAUUUCAGCCUUC